AUGGGGGAAGAUUUGGUAAGGAAAUGGAAAGGGUUUUCCCUUACUGAGCAGGAAAGGAAGGAGAUGAUUCUUUCACAUAAUACAAUGGAUAAUGCGGUGAAGCAUGGGAAAUUCUGUCUUUUGGCUAUGAUUAUUACCAAUAAACCUAUCAAUAAGGAAGCCUUUAAGAACACAAUGACUAAAGUAUGGAGGAAUGAAGGUUGGAUACAAUACUCAGAGGUAGGAACCAAUAAAUUUCUUAUUGAGUUCAAUAAAGAUGAAGACAGGCAACAUGUGAUGAAAGGUAGGCCAUGGUCCUUUGAUAGGUGGUUACUGUGUUUACAAGCUUUUGAAGGCCACAUGUCUAUCAAUGAAGUUCAUUUCAACCGGGAGGAGUUUUGGCUCCAAGUGCACAACAUGCCACUUGCAAGUAUGACACUAAAGGUUGGUAACCAGGUUGGAGGUAAUGUGGGAAGGGUGAUAAAAGUUCAGACAGAUACGAGAGGUAUAGGGUGGGGUAAGUUUUUGAGAAUAAGAGUUGAAGUUGAUAUAACAAAAGUCUUAAUGAGGGGCAUGUUUUUAACUAUUGAUGGAAGAAAGACAUGGGUUACUUUUAAAUAUGAGAGGCUCCCCAUUUUCUGCCUCAGAUGUGGAGUGAUUAAGCAUGUUGGUAAAAUCUGCCCACAAGAUUCAAAUGGCUCAAGUCAGAACCAAUAUGGAGCCUGGUUGAGAGCAACAGCAGCAAGAGAAGACAAUUUUAAUCAGAAGAGAUAUGUCCUAAAUCAAAAUCAGCAGGAUGGUGAUGAACACUACAUAUGA